AUGAAUAACGUCGGGACAGGAGACAAAGCAGACGUUCUCUUCGUUGGGGAUCAUGGCUCGGACCUUCUCCUUCAACUCGGGUUUGGCUCCAACAAAAAUGGACAUCACGUUCUAGAAAGAUACGUUAUGUAUGUCAUCAAAAACGAAAUCCAACUUUGUGAUAGAAAAAAAGACAAAGACAAUAUAAUUUCAAGAAUUUUCCGACUUUCCCACGAACUCUUCUGAGUUCGAUUUAUUCAAAUUUCAAAGCCUUCGAGAGGGGUGGAAACGGCGGAGCGGCCCAUUUACUGCGGUGUGAUCGGUGUGGUGUGGUCGAUUCUUUCACUGAUCCACGUCUUUCUCUUCAAGUAAGGUAAGCCCGGCAUUUUACCAACCAAGCUCUAAUUGUCAUAAUUCCGAUGUUACUUUACCUUAUAGCACCCAGUGAAAUAUAAUAGUCACAGAAUACUCUUCCAGGCUUCGACUUGUGCGGCUCAGGAUGCCAGACUUCGAACUCAAGCUCGAACCAACGGACAAGAUCGUGUUCGCAGGCAAGAAGUUGGGCGAAGAGCCGAGCAAUGUGACCCUCAAGAUAACCAAUCCCAAGGCGGAUCGGAUCGCCUACAAGGUAAAAUGCACCUCCAACGAGAUGUUCAGAAUCCGGCCCCCCGUCGGGGCUCUCAAGGCCAACGAGUCCACCACAAUUUCCGUGAGUUAUCAGUCCUAAUUAACCAACCAGUAUCGCUUCUUUAUCUGCUUCCUAGUACAAUCACCUCCCCAUUUUAGCUGGUUUUCAACGCUGGGAAGGCCGUCCCCGACAGUGGCAAGCACUACUUCGCCGUCUACUAUAUCAAGGCGGCGGAUGAGAAGAAACUGGCCCGGAGUGCGUGGAGCGAACACAAGGGAGACCCUGAGGGCACAAAACGUCUGUAUGUGGAGUUCAAGAAGGACGGUGCUGCUGAGGAUGAGAAGAAGGAGGACAAGAAAGAGGACGACAAGAAGGAGGACAAAAAGGAAGAGAAGAAGGAGAAGGAGAAAGAGAAAGAGGAGGAGAAAAAGGAGGAAAAGAAGGAGGAGGAAAAGGUAAAAACAAAUCUUUAUGCAUUAGGUCUAGUACAAUACUUCCGUUACCAGUUCUAAUCUCCAAAGUUUUAGAAGGAAGAUGACAAAAAGGAAGAGAAGAAGGAAGACGAGAAGAAGGAGGAUGAUAAGAAAGAGGAGGAGAAGAAGGAGUGA